AAAGUAAAACUGGGAUUUGCUCCGCGUAGGCUGACAGCACGAUCAUUAGCAUUAUGCGCCAGGCUCUCGGCUCGCCAACAUGUCCGUGAGCUAUCUGCUAGAAAGGGACAGUGGUGCGAUGUACAGCAACCCCGCCAGACAUGUCAACCUUGGCUACGGCCACCAGAAUGUGUACCCUUCUCCCCCGUACUCGGACUACUCAGGCUACCAGCAUGUUUCAGCAGUGGGGAACGAGCACCACCCUGGAGCGCAGACCGGCGCUGGAGCUUGGAACCCGGUUUACGCGCCCGCGCAUGAAGAGUGGCCACUGUAUGGACACGGGGCCGCGCACGCACCCUUCCCUAAUCUGGGAAAUGUGAACACGGGGAACGUCAACGGGCUGGUAGUACCACAGGAUCAGAGGAAUGUCCCGGGGGCCCACUGUCCACCUCAUCCACAACUGUCCCCUCUAUCAGAGAGGGACCACGCCGAGUGGGCGAGACGCACCGGUCUACCUGCGACUACAGGAGGAAAGACCAGGACAAAAGACAAAUACAGAGUGGUGUACAGUGACCACCAGCGUCUGGAGCUGGAGAAGGAGUUUCACUUCAGUCGCUACAUCACCAUCAGGAGGAAAGCUGAACUCGCAGUGACUCUUAACCUCUCUGAACGGCAGGUAAAGAUCUGGUUCCAGAACAGACGUGCCAAAGAGAGGAAGAUCAACAGGAAGAAGUUGCAGCAGUCGCAGCAGGCUUCCACAACUACAUCCACUCCACCCGCUGCUGACAUCCAUACUAAUGCUGCUAUAGUCGCCAGCACCAGCAACAGCUUGUUGACUGACACAUUAUCAGUCGCUAUCAAGGAAGAAUACUAA